GCUUGCGUUUGUUUUACUACAGUAGUUGUUCUCGAGGAAGUUUUUUUUUUUUAACCCAGACGUAUUUGCUGCAAUAGCCGUUUUUCCUGUUAUCCAACAUUGUAACAUACUGUACUGUAAUGCAAGCCGGAUCACAUGCUUCUUUCAGCUUUUGACCUAAAGUGGACAUUUGUUUUAGGCAGCUGCUGGAGACCAGACGCGACGCUCUGGGGAUCGGGGCCUGUUUAUCUUUGAGCUGGUGAAGCUCCGAAACUGUCUUCUUGAAUGUGUCAGGAAUGGAUCAGGGACCUGGAACGGCGACGGGAGGGAGUUUUAUUGCCUUGAGUGAAAAUGAACAAAGAUAUUACUCGGGUCUGCACAGUUUGUGCCAAGCUGACAGUUCAGGGAAACUAGCAGCGAGUAAAGUGAUAGAGCUGUUCAGAGCAUCCCACCUACCUAGCGAGACUCUUCAUCAGAUUACUGAAGUGUGCGGCGCAAAACGUCUGGGAUAUUUUGGCACGAAGCAGUUUUAUAUUGCUCUGAAGUUAUUAGCUGCAGCACAAUCUGGUCUCCCGGUAGGCCUGGAAAGCAUUAAGAGUGAGCUGCCCCUCCCCAGAAUUUUAGGGAUGAAAAAUGACACAGAGCUACGGUAUCCAAACCAUUCCAAAACCACCGACAGCCAGGGACAUCAGUCUGGGACACCAUCUGUGAUGAUUCCUCGACCCCUGUUGGACAGGAACUCCUACCGGCACACGGAAAGUACCGCUGAUAAGCAAGAGCCCUGGUCCCCUCCAUGGUCUCCGCACAGCUCCCCACCCGACUCCCCAGCUAGCCACCCCAGCUCCACCCACAGCUACACCUCCAGCAAACACAGAAACAACCCUGAGCCUCUCACAGUUCCCUAUGAAAAUAAGCUGUCAGGGUGGCCUGGUGUCGAGCAAGAGAGCUCUUCUCCUAGCAACUAUGGAUCCAAGCCCUGCCUGGCACAUUCCUCUGUCACUCAGACCCAGUCUGUGGAGAGGAUCCCAGAGCAGCAGAGCGCAGUAGAUUACCCUGAUGACCCCUGGAGGAUAACAGAGGAACAGCGGGAAUACUACACAAACCAGUUCAGAACUCUGCAGCCAGACCUUGGGGCACUCAUCUUGGGGUCUGUGGCAAAGAAUUUCUUUACAAAAUCGAAACUUCCGAUACCAGAGCUCUCCCAUAUAUGGGAGCUGAGUGAUGUUGACUCUGAUGGAGCAUUGACCUUCCCAGAGUUCUGUGCUGCCUUUCACCUCAUCGUGGCUCGGAAAAAUGGGUACCCUCUACCAGAAACCCUGCCCCAGACACUGCUACCAAGCUUUUUACAGAAGGAUGCAGUACCUGCUAAACCUGGAAGUGAUGAUGCAUUCUUUGGGACAUAUUCGGAGUCUGUGCCUUUAACUCAACAGCAAAAAGAUCCAGCCCCCACUGAGGGGACAGAGCCACUUAUUGUCUUUGAGGAAGCAGAGCUUGCCCCUACCUCGCAUGAGGAGAACAAAGUUGAGUUAAUGCAGACUUCUUUAUCUGAGAAAGCCACUUCAAAGCAAGAUCUACGAGAUGAAAGCUCCAAGUCAGCUCUGAGUCCAAAAAGAAUUCCUCUUCCUCAAGAGACACCAACUGAACCUCUGGACAGUGUUCCUGAUAAAAUAGGUCUUCCUCAAGUUCGAGGUCAUCAAAUAAAAUCAAGAACGAGACCAAGGUCGUAUUCCAGCACGUCUAUUGAUGAUGCCAUGAAGAAGACAGAGGAACCCCCAACUCCUCCUCCCAGGCCGCAGAAGUCUCACUCCAGAGCCUCCUCCCUUGACCUCAACAAGCUCUUUCAGCAGAGCAGCCAAGGCUACAAGAGUGGAUGGCUGCCCCCUCCUCCAGCUGUCCCACCCAGGCCCCUGCCUGCACAGAUGCCCCUUUUCAUUGCCAGUACUGAGAAAACCCAACCCCACAAUCCAGUGCAGCAGCCCAACUUUGCUGACUUCAGCAAGUUCACAGAGGAGGAGGAAAACGCUGUUAAAAGUGAAGAUCAAGAUCCAUGCAACCAACCUGCUGUAGGCACUGAAGAAAGCAGUCCCUUGAAAAAAGAGGUCAUGCUAUCCCAACCUCCUCUGAAGCCCGUUCGCAGGAAAUUUCGCCCAGAGAAUCAGAAUCCAGAUGCUCAGGAUUCCCCCUCUCCAUUGACAUCUACCUCCUCCGUCCCUGCGGCCAAACCUGCUCAGAAACAAUCCUGCCGGCAAAAGAAGGACAUUCAGACUGCGAUCCGGAAGAAUAAGGAAGCCAACGCAGUGCUAACCAGACUCAACAGUGAACUCCAGCAGCAGCUCAAGGUCAGGCCCUUCCUCUCUUUCCAAAACAGCAAGUGUAUCACGGCAGUAACACCUUGUAUAAAGGUUUUUUCCUCUGAAAGUGAUAAUAUGGUUUAAAUUCUCUUUUUCAUCUCACUGUGCAAGACCCCCCAGUUGAAUGCUGCUGGUUGCUCUUUGUCUUCUGUAUUUUAAAAUUCUCAUUGUAGACACUGGCACCUGCCUAGUUGCACAGAUGCUCAGAUGUAAUUCUGUAUUUCGAUAAUUGUGUAUCUUGCUUCCUGGUUCUGAACAGUAGACAGUAUGGACAGCUGUAAUUGAGAUGUGUUUUAGUUUUGUUUGCACCCUGAGUAUUUGUACACUGAAUGUAUUUUACAUUAACAUUGUAGUUCUCUAAAUAGUAAGGGCAGAAGAGACCGAUCUUCUUUUCACAAAAGCAAUAGUAAUAACUGACACAGGAGGAACUGAACGCUAAGUGACAGAAAAGGUAGAAAAGGAAAUAAACACACAAUUAUCAUGACUUGCUGAAUCAUAUAAGAUGGUGCUUAUUACGCACAAAAACUUAAAAUACUCUGUUUCUCUAACGUCUGCUGAGCGUACACUUUUGUGUCCAUGGUCUUUCAAGAUGCAGCGUAUUGUGUCUUUUGGCACUGCUGAUUGCUUUUCAGAGUGUUUUGAGAUGCGAGUUUCACAUGAUCUUGGAGAAGCUCUCCUUUACAGCAUAUAAAACUCCAUUGCAGCUGUCCGUAUCUGCGAGUGCCAUGACGAGACGAUGCUUUUGAAAUGUGAGAUCAUGCAGACAAGAAACCUGAGCAGGAUGAGUGCUGUGGCUUUUCUUCAGGCCAAAAAAGGGGGAGGCAAUGAUAGCACAUCACAUCAAUCACAAACGUCUUCUAAUACAGGGGUUCCCAAGCAGUGGGGCACUUCCCCCUAGAGGGGCAUAUAAGGAUCCAAAAGACGGCUCAAGAGCUUUUUAUAUACAGCUGAUUCAAAAUGCGUACCAAACUUUUCUAUUAGAUAACGUUUUUACAGCUAUUUAGUAGUAGAUAUGCAGGACUAGCCUUCUAACCGAGCUUCUCCUGAUCUGGAAAUUUUAAUAAUAAAACCAUCAAAGCUCUCGAAAAUGAUCUCAAGGAAAGCAUUGCACUGCAUCUCAUCAGUCUUCAUGAUGCAUUCCAAAGAUACUUUUGUGGACAUAACACAAGAACUCUGAAAAGCGUGAGAAAUCCUUUCAUCUGUAGAAUUCAGGCCUUUCCAGAAAACAUCCAAGAAGAGUUUUUGGAACUAGGAUCUGACACAACUGCCCGAGACAUCUUCCAACAGUUAACUUUGGAAAGUCUUGGUUGUAAUGCUUUCCUGUCUACCCAAAAACAGCCAGAUCUUUGCAUCCUUGUCCCAUUUUCCUCCACUCAUCUGUGCAAGGCUGGAUUCUCUGUGCUUUUGUUAAUCAGAAACAAGCACCACAACCGACUUGUUGUUGAAAGUGGCAUGCACAAAGCCAAGAAUUUCAAAACCUGUAGCAUAUAUGGAGCAUCAGCGCUUGCAUUGAUUACACUUGAAGCUAACUCUUAAAUUAAGUGAAGUUCAGAUGUGAAUCAUACUACCUUCAUUCUGUUUCACUUUUUUUUCUAAAGUAAAAAUUGUUUCGUUGAUGUAAGAUUAAGUUUACAAAUAGCAAUUGAACAUAUAUAAAAAAAUGUUUGCAUAAAAUUAUUACCCAUAUGCCAAGGGGAGGGCUGUGGGUUUGAGUUUACUGAAUGGGGGACAUUGCGUUUCAGAGCUUGUGGCCCACUGCUCUAACACAUAUGCAGUUAUUUCUGACGCUUCUAAAUUGUAAUGUUUUGAAUAGAUUGCAUUUGCUUGAGUGUCUGAUAAGAGUGUUUUCAGGAGGUAAGCUCACUGCAUGAACUCACUCUAGACUGUUCAGAAGUAAGCUGGUGUUCCUGUGUCCCCUUUCCAUUGCCUGGUAGCACUGAUGCUCUAAUGGACAUUAUUUUAGAAAGCCAGUUCCUGUGUUUAUAUGCAUAACGUGUGUUUACCAUUUGCAGAUCAAAUUAAGAGCUAAUGAACAUAAAAAAUAAUAGAUAUGCAGAUAAGUGCAUCCUCAAGAAAAAAUAAUCCUCUACACAUUAUAACAAGAUAUGCAACCUUAGGAACAUUACAUUUAAAUGAAACUCUCACAUACAUUAAAUCCAUUAUAUCUAAAUUAAUUAUUUUGUACAUUUUAAUUAUAUAAUAAGGUCAUAGAAUGGUGCAAGAAAUUACAGCUAAAAAUUAAGGAGGAACUAACAUCCAUUUCUACAUUAAAACAGACUCCCUAUAAUGUUGCACUGUGUAUUACGUGUGCAAUAAAUUAAGAUUCUGUGUAUUAGAAAGUACAUGUCCUGGCAAGUAACAACUUGCAAAGAAUCAUUUUGUGGCAACAGUGUUUUUGCACCUUAGAUUAAAAUGCUAAAUCUGAAUGUUGAAUUUUUGUUUUGUGUUCAAUCACAAAUUAAAGUCUGUUGCACUGUGGAGUCACUUGGUGAGUAAAUCUUGCUAUUGUACUGGAUAGCCUUUGCUUUGACAGGUGAUAUAGCUUUGUUUUUGUUCUUAAGAUAAAUUGCAGAUGUUAAAACUGCCAUAUGGCAUAUGGUUAGGAA